CUCGUACGUGUGCUCUGUCGUUCCGACAACAAAUGCAUUCACCCUCCCCUCGCCUUGCUUCCGCUGGUGCCUUAUAUGGGACGCGAGUGGAGACCAAGUCUCGAUGGCAUAGCUGAAUCCACACGAGAAGAUCGCACCUUCUCAUAUGCACCACAUAGCAUGCAACCCCGUCGGCGGAAGGACUCUGGCCUCCUCGGACGCUUCCAACCUACGAAAGCGGGCACCACCCGCAAACGUCGAGAUGCCUACAACUCGGCGCCUAAGCGAUGGGCCAAGUAUGCUGCCAUCAUACUGCUGGCCUGGACAGUGAUCGAGGUCCUACUCGCCAAAAAUGCCAUCAGUCGCGAGGCUGCCACAAAAUCCCCGGCCCUUGGCGGAGAGAAGAUCUUCAUAACCUCGAUUCACUGGACCUCAGAGAAUAUGCUACGAUACAACUGGAUCCCACAGGUGAUAGAGCUGACGAAGGCUAUCGGCCGCGAGAAUGUCUUUCUCAGCAUCUACGAGAGUGGGAGUUUGGACGACAGUAAAGGCGCCUUGCGAGAGCUCGACGCUCAACUAGAAGCAGCUGGCAUCAGUCGGAGAAUUGUGCUGGAGAAUACGACGCAUUUGGAGGAGAUGGAGAAGAGACCUCCUGUAGGCGUGAAGAAGGAGGGGUUCAUUCAGACACCAGAGACAGGACCUACGACGGGGAUACCGGGCUUUGACUACACACCAUCGGGCAAGAUGGAGUUGAGAAGGAUACCUUACCUUGCGAAGGCAAGGAAUCUGGCAUUGGAUCCGCUGUUUGAGCUGCACGAUAAGGGGUUGAAGUUCGACAAGGUCCUGUUCUUGAAUGAUGUUGUAUUCGACAAUCAUGACAUUCAGACUCUACUGCACACGAACGAGGGAGAAUAUGGCGCUGCAUGCUCAUUGGACUUUUCCAAACCUCCUAGUCUGUAUGACACAUUUGCUUUGAGGGAUAUUGAUGGCAAGGAGCCACUGAUGCAAACAUGGCCAUUCUUCGGUAAUGGGAAGAGUCGAAAAGCUCUCAAGAACAGCAAACCCGUGAGAGUGAAAAGCUGCUGGAAUGGCAUGGUCGCUAUGCCGGCGGAGGCCUUCUACGGUGGCUACCGAUCACUGAAUUUCCGUGCUCUGCCCGACAGUCUGGCAGACUCACAUCUCGAAGCUUCGGAAUGCUGUCUGAUUCACGCCGACAGCCCCUUCUCGACAUGGAAAGGCGUGUACCUAAACCCAAACGUGCGUGUUGGCUAUCAGCCAGAAGCCUAUGGAGUGGUACACAAGGCGAAUUGGGUCUCAACGUUCCGAGCUGUCCAUGGUAUCUGGAUGAAUCGACUGCUGCGCUGGACUUCGUUCAUCAGGCAUCGGACUUCGACCAUACAGCAGAGGAUUGCAGAGUGGAAAGCAGCGUCCGAAACGCAUUUUGAGGGCGGAGACUUUUGCGCGAUAGAUGAGAUGCAGGUCAUCUACGAAUUUGGCUGGGCUCAUGUUUGAGUACCUCGCUGCAGAUGUACAGUUGUACAGAAAAGAAAAACGCAGAGUGAAGUCUCGUUUGGUAUAUGGGCUUCUGGUCAAUUGGAACACAGAAC